AUGGCGGCCAGGCCGCGCUCGCUUGACAUACGGGAGCCGCAGAUCGUCGUGAACUUCCCUCUGGAUGCUCUGCCGUGGCAUCAUCGGAUUCUUCUGCACGCCAUGGGCGACGGGCGCUGGAUGUGCUUGACGCCAGAUAUGGAGAUCACGCAGCACAACUUGAACGAGGUGCGCCACUAUGUCCUCGAUCGGAAUGCGCAGUUUCCUCGGUGGGUGCUGGCUGGGCUCUAUGCUUUCGACCCCAUCGACCACGGGGAGCUGCUUGAGCUGAAGCGCCAAGCCCGGCAGCGCGCGGCGCUGCUGGGGGCUGGCGACGCCGAGGAUGAGGCGGACCUCGCUUGGGUGCUCGCCGAGCCGCGGGACGCGAGGUUCGGCGAGGUGGUGCCUGCUGACGUGGUGGAGGACCCGAAUCGUUGUGCCCAUCUGCGAAGGAAGGGCAUCGUGAUGCUGGACGGGCAGGAGCGGAUGAUCGAGCUGAUCACCCGCGACGAGAGGGAUGACUGGAUGAAGGAGCGCAAGGAGAGCUGCGUCGACAUCCGCCUGAACGGCGACCAGCGGUCGAAGAUCGGCCGCAGGGACGUGGACUUCCGUGACGCCGUGGAGCAGAUGGAGGAGGUGGAGCUCGCCGACUACACCGACUUAGGGCCGCGCGCGAUGGGCGAGUUCGUCACGUCGGUGGCCGUCGGCAGCGGGAACCUCACGAGCUACCAGGCCGAGUGGGAGCGCAUGAGCGGGGUCUUCUCAGGGGGUGCCCAAUGCCACGAGCAUCGUUCGCUCCUGGAGAUCGCCCGCCGUGCGAUUUGCAUGGACCAGCUCAAUGUGAAGAACCUCCACUGCAUGGAGGCACUGGUCAGGCGGGUCAUCCAGAUCGAGAUGGCAGUACAGCGCAAUCCACGGCAUCCAGACUUUUCCGGUCUCGAGGACGCCGUCACAGAGUUUGUGGUGGCCCGCCAGAAGGACCGCGCCAAUAUACUGAAGCAGAUGAGGGCUCUGCCGCGCCUGAAGACGGUGGGCGCCCUCGACGUGGAGCUGGAGGCCAGACCAAGACUGAAUGGUGGCCUCGCGGACAGUGGCUUCACAACGACCCUUUUCCCUUGCCGCAGGACUGAGAGGCAGCGGCGAGUAUCCGAAGCGGUUGACAUGCUCAACUACCUCGCCGCCUCACGCGUGAAUUCAGGAUGCGACAAAGCUCGACGAGUUAGGCCGUACGGGGGAGCUCCCACAGCAGCGCAGCGCAGCGUGCUGGAGUCAGUCCAGGAGCGGAUCGACUUCUACGGGAACCCCUCGAGCGAAGCGGUGGACGGCGAGAGGUCCCUCCGGGAGAUCCUCAGAUCCACUGACCAGUAUGAACUGGAGCCGCAGCAUUUGGCGAGCUACGACGUCUCGCGCCUUAGGGUGUGCAAAGGGGACAUCAACCCAGUUCCCGUGACGGACUUGCUACCUGCCGAGGCUGCAGGUUUUUUGAGACACUUCCAGAGCCAGAUCGAGCUCUCAGAACCCGAGAUCGCCGAGCGUGUCCGAGAGGCUGGGGGGAUGCCCGAGCCGUACUGGGACCCUCGGCUUCGCGGUGAUGCUGAGCUCCGUCGUGACUUUUUUCGCCGACUUGCCAAGAUCGGCAUCGUGGGUUUCAGGCGGGCCAUCAAGUCCCGCUGCGGCGCUUUUUUCGUUCAUAAGAAGGACGGCAACAUCAGGUUUAUCUGCGACGCGAGGGCGACGAACAUGUGCCAUCGUCUCCCUCCUCGGACGGUCUUGGGAGGUGCAGCCUGCCUUUCGGAGAUCGACCUCAGCAGCUACGCUACGGCUCUGGGAGGCUUUGGUGGCGUCUGCGAGCCGCGCUUCUCGGGAGCCGACGUCAAGGAUUGUUUUUACCAGCUCGCCAACGAGGAGAUGGGCAGCUGGUUCGGGUUCGACUCCGCGCUGACCAUCGAGGACUGGGACAUGGGCAUCACGCGCGUGUGGGACGACGAGGUGGGAGACUGGACUCCUGCCCGAGCAGGCGAGCUCCUGUUCCCCUGCCUCCGUGUUUUACCGAUGGGUUGGGCCUGGGCGCUGUACUUCGCCCAGGAGGCUGUCACUCAGCAGGUUCGACGCUCUGCUGCUGACGGAGAUCGGCAGCUCCUUCGAGACAAGCGCCCUGCGCCCCUCCUGCGCCCUGGGCGGCCUCUGGCCGCCGUGUACGUGGACAACUUCACAGGGGUGGGGGGCUCGGCCGUCGACGCCGAGCACGGGGUGCGGGCCUUCGAGGAGCGGGCUGCCGAGGCGGGGCUGGCCCUGCACGCCGCGGACGUGGCGGUGGAGGAGCUGGAGAGUUUGGGCCUGGUGCUGUGCGGGACCGACCGCCGCGUGCGCCAGAAGCCCAAGCGGGUCUGGCGCUUCUACUUCGCCACCAAGGGCGUGUACCACUUCAUCGGCGACGGCAGUCGGCGGCGGGCAGCGUUUCCCGCGGCGGUCCGCGGGGAGCUCCGCAUGGCCGCCAUCGCCUGUUUCUUGACCGAGGUCGAUCUGAGUGCGCCCCUCGCCGACGAGGUCCACGUUUCGGAUUCGUCGUCCUCCGGCUUCUGCCUGAUGUACGGACAGAAGCCGCUUCGUGCUGUCUGGGAUGCAUAUCGCUGGCGAGAGCGUUGGCGAUUCGUGGAGGUGGAGGCCGACAGGAGCUCGGACGCCUACACGGCGGCGUACCUCAACCAGCUCCGAGGCGUCACCGACGGCUUCGGGGCCACGCUGGACGAGGGGGCCCCCAAGCAUGCAGACGCCCGAGUUCGGGGCGGUCAGCCGGCGGGAGCCUGGCGCGAGACCGAGCUGGGGAAGCUCCUGUUUCGCCGAGCUGCUGUCGGCCGCGGUGCGCCGCGGCGCUGGGCUAGCCGCCCCGGUCUGACCCAGGAGGUGGAGUUGCUCAACGUCGUGCCCGCUCUGCCGACCGCCCUCACCAGCAGCCUCGGGUGGAUUGCCGCCGUCGAGGGUCGUUGGAAGUAUGACGAGCACAUCAACGUGAAGGAGGGCCGGAUCUGCGUGGCCGGCCUGAGGCACGUCCCGACAGACCUGAAUGCGGCCGACGAGGGGUCGAGGAGGGGCCAGGCCCGCGACCCUGAGUGGCUGCUGCAGAAGAAGAGGGAGCGGCCUGGAGCAGCGCUCGACGUGGAGUCCGCAAUCUUCAUCGAGCUGAAAUCCUGGAGCGUCUCGGGGUUGAGUUCGCGUUGUUUACCGCUGAAGUUGUUCGUGAGUGUCAACGUUGUGGAGUGGGCUGGAGCAUCGAGAACCCCAUGA